CCGCCCCUUCGCAUCGCCGCACAAGUACUCGCCUCGCUCUAACCAGCACAGGCCCGCCUCUCGCUACCCGUACCCCCGCGCCCCCUUCGAUGUUUGCGCACUAGUCUUUCUUGCUCUCUCUACCUAAUCUCGUCGACACUCUAGUACCUCUUGCCCCUACGCUUGGGCCUAAUUCUCUACUUCGCUGACCCUGGUCUUCGAAAUGACCGCCAUACCUGCACCUUCCAUCGUGCUCUCCAAGGAAGAAUGGCCCGAGGCCGACUUUGACUUCCCCGACGGCGAUCCGAUCCACGCGUCCGAUGCGGAGGACGAUAAGGACGACGCCGACGAGGACUGGGACGUCGAGAUGGACCUCGGGAAGACCGGAGGCGCGAAGGCACAAAGUGUCCUGGACGGCAUAGCUGCGCGCGCCGAGUCCUCGAGGAAGUCCUCCCAGAUGUUCACCAUCCGGCCACCGCUUCCCACCCCACCAGACGACGAGGAUGAGGAGGGCGUGUCUACCAUCAAGGUCGCCGCAUUACCGAAAGCAUCCACCCGCCCUCCUCCCCCCGCCAUCGACGAAGAUUUUGAGGACGACUUUGCCCUCCCAUCCGAACUGACACAACUUUCCUUGCGCCCAAUUUCCCAUCGUUCCUCCAAGGCGUCCCUCGAAUGGGGCGACCGAGAUCAAACCUCUUCCUCUCAGUCCUCCGAUGCUUACUCCACGCUGGGCUUCGCCGACAACGCAUCAUCAUCUAAUUACACGUCUGCGUCGCUGCCGGAGACCGAGACGGAGGACGAAGAUGAGGACGAGGACGGCGAGCUCGAUGGCCUUGUCAUCCCUACAGGUCUCUUCGAGACCCAGUCAGGAGGCAAGAAGCUUGCCAAGAUCCUCGAGAUCAAGAAGAAGACCGCAUUCACCGACGAGCGCGUCAAGGUUGCGAACCUUGACCCCGAAGACGACUUCGAGAUGGGUCUCGUAAUCGAUAAUGACGUCGAACUGAGCCCCAGUCGACUGCUCAUCACCAAGACCACCAACCGUGCUACACCAGGCAAUCGCAGCAGGAGUGCGCCCCCUCGUCCCGCAACGACGGUGCGGCCACCGUCACGGCUCAAGUCAGAUCGCGCGAAAUCACCGAAUAACCCGCCGAUCUCGUCUGCGUCGCAGCUGCGAAAGAUUGGAACGCCACCAUCCCCACCGUCACGGCCUGGUCAACCCAUACGGUCACAAACUUACAGCCAAGCGCUUGCCGCUGGUCCCACUUCCCCAGUGUCUUUCCUUACGCCCAAGCCUGGCAGCCUACGAGUACAGAAGUCUCAUUCUGGCCUCAAGCCGACGACAUCUCCAUCGUCAGCGCACAAGCUGGGACGGAAGGCAUCCUUGCCGUCGCUCUCUGAGUCCACACAUAACGCCGAAGCGUCAGGCUCUGGGUCGGGCUCGAGCGCGAUGCCAGCCGGUUAUAACGCGCCGACUGCAUCUUCCCGGGCCAAGGUGCAGACGAACUCUGCGAGUCGGAUCUAUGGCCUCGAGUACACUGUGCCCCCGACGCGCCCCUCAACACCAUCGUCAAAUCCGGUGGCGCUACGCCUGACCAUGCCCACGUCGUCAUCACGGCUCAAGUCACGGACUCCCAUCUCUUCUGUCUUUCCUACCCCUACGAGCGCGGUCGCUCCACGUUCGCAAUCUCCUCUGCCUCCUCCACGACCGCCAUCGGCCUCCUCUAUGAAGUCUCGGCUCGGGCACAGCCAGACGAAGAGUCUACCCCUACCAGCACCGAAAGUCAUGAAGCGUCCAAAGCGGCAACGGACGUAUGGCGAUGGCGCAGAACUCGAUGGGUUCGAUGAUCUUCCUCUUGACCGAGACAAAGAGGAACAUUAUCGGGUCGAGCCCAAAGGGUAUGGCAACCGUGUACCGGGCGCAACAUAUGCGAAGGCCGCGUCUUCCAACUUGGCCGACUCGACAUCGGGUAAGGGCACGUUGCGUAGAAAGGGCAAACGCGAGCUGUCCUCAAGUAGUUAUGAGCUCUCAAAAGGCGCACCGCCUGCCAAGACGCUGAAGCGUACGGGCCGCAUUGACUUCCCUUCAAAACCCGAGCCCACGUCAGCUGCGAUGUUGUCGAAGCACUCCGAGGAGUUGAACGUAAAGAAGAGGAGAACUUUAUCUUCGCCCUCCGCAGUGCAAACACGAAGGAAGCCGACUUUGAUUCGGAACCUAGGCGGCACAGGAGCCCCGAAAGUCGUCGGCGAGAUGAAGUGGAAUCCCAGCACCUUGCGCUGGGAGGGCAACGACCAAGCCCUCCGCGACUUCGACUCAGCAGUCGGCUCCUCCACCCGACCUGCACUAAUUACACACUUGACUGGCUCUUCCAUGGGUUCGCCGGUAAGCUCGUUCGCAGCAGGUGCACGCGUAGUGGGCACAAUGAUUUUCGACCCCUCGCGCAUGUGCUGGAUAUCGACGCUACCGCCGGACGAGGAAGAGCCCGAUGUCUUCGCCGACCUUGCGGACGACGAAGACGAAGAUGAUUGGGAGGCGAAAGGCGGCACAAUCCGUGCCAGCCAGCAACCUUCCGCAGCCUCCAGUGAGGCAACACGGACUCAGCCGCCCAGCCCGGCACGGAGCCAUUCGCGGACACGUUCCGGGAGCGAAAGCGACCGCGGUUCGCGCGCAUCUAUGGUGUGCGACGUCGACGCGUCCUUUGCGGACAACUGCCGCGUCGCACAGGAGCGACAUCGCGCCGAGAUGAAGGGCUGGCUCUCACUCACACGGACAGACCCCUCUGGCGAGCCCGACCGAACGUAUUUGUACGAGAUUCGUGCGCUUGCAUGUCGUCAGUACUAGGUCCGCCAACUUCCCCUCGUUUACUAUGUUUCCAAUUUGUGUUUAUGACCGUCAUGACCUCCCUCUGUCACCGUUCCUUCUCGUACAUCUCUUUCCUCUUUUAUCCUGGCUACGAAAAUAUUGUGUGCCAUACCACAAUUAUCAUGCCUGCCCCCUCCACUAGUCCCCCUACCCCCACCCGCCCUCUCUUCACCUUCGCUGUGCUUUCUUGUUUUGCGCAUUUUCACUUCCACAUCGGUAUCUAUCUCGUUUAGUCCCCUUGACUUGUCAUGUAUGAGGCAGCUAUGGUUAUGCAAGCAUACGUUCAAACCCAAA